AUGUCAAACAUAUGUCCCCGUUUGAUAGAUUACUUUGUUUUUGUCGGCUCAAGGUCGCCACAGAAUGCUUCUGCAGUCCAGUCACCAGAAAUCCUGUGUCGUUUUCCUCCUACGGAUCAUGAAGAUUUCCCGCUUCCCUCAGAUGUUUCUUUCUUCUGCCAACCUGAAGGGUGUGUAAAUUCUUUGAGCAAUACGUUUCCUGUAAAAUAUGCAGAUGGCACAUCAGGCCAUCAGAUAAAAUCGAUGACUUUUCUGUUCUCUCUCACAGAUAAAGACUCCAGUAAAACACGAUACGGUAUUUGCACGAACUUCUUGAGACCAGUUAGUUAUCAUUCUUCACCACAAAAGACGUUGAAAAUUUCUAAGGAUGGACACCAGUGUGAAGCUUUUACGUAUGAUGGUCAAGAAUCUUUACCUGUUGACUCUAUUAGUAUGGAUGGGAAGAAUCUCAAUGCGACCUCGUCUGAAAGUAUGAAACUGGAGAAUGCUGACAAAUACUACAGCCUAAUGUCAAUUUGUUUAGUAACUCACUAUGCUUUCGCCACAGCAUUCACGCGUGUGGUGCAAUGUGUACAUACAAUUUUGAAGAAGCUACACAAGCUGUCAAAGUCUAAUUGUGUAAACAGUCCAAGCAUUUGGGAUAUGUUGACAAGUAAUACUGUAUUACCGUGCUCUGUUCGUGUCGCGGAAGGACUGCGACAAUUUCAAGUAUGGAUUCUUCGCCUUCUUAGUGCUCCUGCACCAAUCCCUGGUUGUACAUAUGUGCAGCUUUCAGUUCAGCCACACGACUCGGGACCACUUCCUUGCUUUGCUGUUCCUGAUCAAUCACGUCUUCCCUUAAUUGAUUUCCCUGUAAAUUUGCCUUUUGAAAUUAUGGGUAUCAGGAAAACUCUUCGCUUGCUUAUAUGCCUUCUAUUGGAACAAAAGGUAGUUUUACAAUCGUCUGAUUAUAACAAGUUAUCGUUAACAAUUUUGGCGUUGGUUGCACUACUCUACCCACUCCAGUACAUGUUCCCAGUUAUUCCUUUACUGCCCGCAUGUAUGCCAGAUGCAGAACAGCUCCUUCUAGCGCCUACUCCGUAUCUGAUUGGUGUACCAACAGCGUUUUAUUCUGCGAGGAAAAUUUUUCGCAUGCCAAAAGAUGUUUGGCUAGCUGAUUUGGAUACUCGUGAAUUAUCUUAUCCUCUGGUGGUUGACGAAAUCCCAGAAUUACCUGAAGUAGAAAGUAACAUUCUUAUCAGUCAUCUAAGAAAGCUGCUACAUGAGUUUUCCAACUCACCCAUCAUCGAUUUAGACUUGGAUGAAUCGUCGAAGCAAUGGUCUUAUUCUUCAACGCGUACAGGUGCAUUGGAGCUAUCUAAAUUCGAUCCUUUAUUGUAUACACUAACUAGAGAUUCUAUUGAUGUUGCAAUACGCAUAUGCAUGAUCCUGUUCUUCAAUACAAGCAACGUCCUAGGCGAAUUUACAGAUCAUAUACGUACUCUGCGAUUGUUUCCACGUCCAGUGGUUGCAUUUCAGUAUGAAAGUUUCAUGAAAUCUCGUCCAAGACCAUGUCUAUUCACCAGUAUGCUUGCAAAAACUCAGGCUGUAGAAUAUUUUGCUGAAUCGUCUAUUUGUGCACAAAAUGAAGCCUAUCAACGUAUAAGUUCCGGUGUAACUUCUACUGAAUUGAUUGGUGAUAAAUUUUAUUGGUAUAAAAGUCAAUUGAAAUCAGUUUAUUUCGAUUGUUGGGAUAAAUUGUUUGAUUGUUCAAAUACAAUGUGUUGUACACCAACAGUAUCAACUAGUUCCACAUUGAAUUCAUAUCAUCAAUCUAUAUUACUGGAAGCAUUUGAAAUGGCGAAAUUCACAUUUCACAUAGCACAACAACAUACUAAUCAUAAUAUUGAUGAUGGUGUUGAUAAUUCUUCAAUGAUUGAUUCAUCAACUGAUGCUAGUAUGGAUUAUUUCAGUGGGAUAUUUAAGACAUAUUCCCAGGAUUCUGAAUCAAUUAACUCUCAUGAAACGCUUAUUUCAAGUCCAGUAACGUCUGAAACAGUGGAAGAUUGUAUUAUAGUUCAACCGAAUAAACCAUUGCCUACCUUUUUAGUUGAAUUUUAUACACCUCCUACAGAAUUAGUGUAUGCUACUGAGUCUACUGUAAAUUGGAGUAUAUCGCCUAGAAAUAAUGAAGGUACAUUAUCCGAAUUUGGAAGCGGGUCAUCUGUUAGUGUUCCUGGUGCUACUGAUGAAACUGUCAAUCGAAAUACUGAAGACAGAAAGAACUCUCAAAUAUUAACAUCAACACUGUUAACUUCAGACAGUGACAGCAUAACCAGAUCAUCGUCUACUAUCCUCUUCAUUUUAAUGAGUACUGAAAAUGAUGGUAAACGGACUCCAACAAAUGGCUUUGACAAUGAUAAACUGAGUUGGGAUUCAUCCGUAGCCUUAUUAUUCGGUGAUUUAAUGAAAUCAAAACGUUUUCGAAGUUUAACUUUGAAAGAUGUGCCAUUGUCAACUGUACAAAAAUAUAAGAAACGAUUAGAAAAUGAGCGUACAAUUAUAGAUUUAGCUAGAUCUAUUAAACAAGGUCGUAUACCGAAUAUCUUUUCACGCAAUCAUAUUUAUACAUUACUCCAAGAUGAGAAUUAUAGAAAUUUACUAAUUGCUCGAAUUAACCGUAAUCUGGUGAAUGAUGUUCAAUCUAAUCAGCAGCAUAUUGAUGAUGUAGCUAUUGAACAUUGGGAACAAUAUAAGGCACUUGUGUGGGUGCUCAAACAAAUGAUUAAUGGUUUAGAACGUAGUUUUCAUUCAGAUAUUGUAUUUCCAACUGCAAAUCAUUAUGAUCGAAUGAUGAAUAAUAGGGAUAAAUCACCAUCGAGAAAUGUUUCAGCAGUAAUAAUGAAUAUUAAUAAUAAUAGUAAUAAUAGCAGUCGUUUAGCAUUUUCCACAGGUGUACAUAAAACUGGUGGCUUAGCCUCAGCAUUUAUGCUAAUGGAAGUAGCACAUACACAUUUCUAUCGGCUACCUAAUCGCACAAAUCAAAUUAAUCCAACAGCAAUCAGUAAUCAUGGUCAACAUUUCAUUUGGAAUAGUAUGCCAUCUACACCGAUAGCUGAAAAACAAUCACCUCUACCAAUGAGUAAACAUUUAGGUAAUACUAUUCCUUAUCCAUAUAAUCGACUGGAUCUAUCUGAUUCUGAAUCAUGCAGUAGGAGGAGUUCAAAAAAUGAACCAUUUCAUCAUGGCCGUGGUGAAUUUACCAAUACAAUUCUCUCGAUGAGUGAGCCAACAUCGGAUCGUGAAGAUAAUGAUUGUAUUCAUCACACCAAAUGUAUUCUGCGUUCAGAUAGUAUUGAACUAGGUAAAGGUGAUGUAAAAUCAACUAUGGAUUACAAGAUUGUGACUAAUACAAUAAGUGAUAGUGAUGAUCAUACCAUUAACAAUGAUGAUAGUAAUAAUAGUUCUACUCUUGUAAAGCACAAGCCAAAUAAUGAGAAGGUGAAUAAAUAUUCUGCUACCACUUCAAAACUUUCUGAUUCUUUAAGUGAAUUGAAAUUAACCAAUGAUGAAAUACCGCCUGAUUAUAUACGUGAAUUGCCUAUUCGUAAAAGUCAACGUAGCUUUGGUUACAGGUAUCACCAGUCUCAUUUGAUUCUAACAGAUUCAACCGUAACUUCAAGUCCCCUUGAAGAGAAUGAUACAUCAUAUAUGAUGUCUGGUUGCUCACUGAAUAUAUGCACACCGCCAGCUAUCUAUUGUCCUGAAAUGAAAUUUCAGUUCAAUGAUAAUAGUUUAGAGGAACAGGAGCAAGUGCAACAACAGCAGAUACUGCAACCUCAACCUCAUCAAAACAAUUUGUGUAAAAUUAGCCUGUUAUUACCAGCUCCAGCUCCACCGUGUCCUUCAUCGCCAUCAUCAACGGCAGCAAUGUCUGUAUCCUGGAGAAAGAAAGUUCCAUGGACAUAUAUCUUUGAAGACGUUUUUGACACUGAAUGGCAAAAAAGUAAGAUAUGGGGAAAUCUACAAUUUUGGGAGGAUUCAUUCUUGGAUGCCGUUGCACAGGAAAGAGAUAUCUUAGGUAUGGAUUUUCAACCGAAAGAACUUUUAUCCAAAUAUCAAAGUUCUUCAAUAUUGAAACGUAAACAGAUGGAGUUAGAAGAAGAUUGUCUACUAGUCGGUAUAAUGCAUAAUAUGAUUGCAUUUAUGCUGAUGGCUAAUGUGGAUCGUGCGUCGAUUAGAAAGAAGUUACAACGUUUACUUGCUAAAAGUCAUACAGGUUUACAUUAUUCACGAAAAAUUGGUGACCUGUUGAACUCAUUAAAUUAUCUUAAUGGUAAUGAUAUCGACUUAAAUAUGACUCAAAGUCGUUUCAUAGUACAACGUUCAUAUGAAGCUUAUCGAGGUUCAGAUGAUAGCGGUGAACUUAUAUUCAUUGAAGUUUGCUCUGAUUUCCUUUUAAUUCGUAAUUUAUCUGGACGGAUAUUGGAAAGACUAUGGUACGAUCAAAUUAUAAAUAUGACGUAUCGUUCACAUUCACAUAUUUUGUGUAUUACACGUCAAAUUGAAGAUCAUUCACAAAUGGAUUUGUUUUAUACUCGAAAGUCUCGUUUAGUAUAUCAGCAAAUCAAAGAAGCUAUGAAGCAUAUUUCAAUCGAAGCUUCCCAUGGAAUACUGGAUGGUGAUUUAGAUGGAGAGAUAAAUGCAAUCAAUGUGGACAAUAAUCAACCUGGUACUAUUAGUAUUCUUGCAGAUGGAUUUGUUAUUAAAUUUGGUGAUGAACAGAAAUUUAUCAAACUGCAUAACAUCAAACGAUGCUGUACAAUAAAAUCAGAAAUAUUCACAAUUGAUGUAUACGAUCAAGAGAAAAAGACAAUGAUCACUUAUCGAUUUCAAACAGAUAUGAAUUUACAACUGUUUCAAAAUUUUGUAUCCCUUUUCUCAAUCUCACCGUCAAUUACUUAA